UUCGUCUAUUUCUUUUAGUUCCUGUAGUUAACGACUGGAAUAUCAGCAUCUUGACCACAGGAUCGACAAGCAUGAACGUCUCUUGGGCGUACUAUGCCCCCGAUGAUCCUUACGUGUUAUUUCUGUAUGCUGUUAUAUGUACACCGACCAACCAAGAUGCUGGGCCGACUGUAGCGACAGCUAUUAUAACACAGAUACAGUUAGAGGUACUGCGACUUAGAGCAAUAACUGAAUACAGUGUGCAGGUCCUGGCUUUAACAGCUCACAAGAUUACUGGAACAUUGAGUUUCAAAGGAAGUCAGAUACUCACUGUCAGCACUGUAGAUGGAGUCCCAAGCGAGUCGCCCGGUAACGUGACUGCACUAAGUCCUGAUUCGAACUCUAUAAACGUAUCUUGGUCUCACAUCGCAAAUGAUAGUGUGAACGGAAAGCUACUAGGGUACAAGAUUUUCUAUCGCACCCUCUUAGACGAUGGAAAUUAUUCAAUGGUUACAGUUGGACCAUCCACCUUGCAAGUCAUUAUUAGCAAAUACUUUAUUUAUACUGAUAUCUAUGAGGUCAGGGUUGCAGGGUUUACAGCCGUUGGCGUCGGAGUGAAGAGCGAGUCGGUGCUAGUCCAACCAGGCUGUAUGCGGGGCUAUGUUUACGAAACAAUGGGUAAGAUAACAAGCCCUGGAUUUCCAGAGGACUAUCCAAAUAAUGUAGUUUGUUACUGGCUUAUUGCACCUGGGUUACUGGAGUACCGACUUGUCCUUGCCUUCGAUACUUUCAAUACAGAGGACAUAGAUGGAAAACCGAACUGCACGAAUUUCAAGAAUGACCACAUCCUAGCCGGAACAUUGUCCAAUGUUGGGCGUACUAUUCCACAUUGCGGAAACAGGAAUCCGUUUGCUUUAAUCAUUGAAGCCAACUCUUCCAACCCAGUAGGAGUGCUAUUCCAAUCCAAUGUUGACUUAGUAGAGCAAGGAUUCAACGCCAGUUAUUUUGCUGUAGACAAGACUCCAAAGAUUUCUGUCAGUAUUGUCGAUGGAAGUAUCACCGGCCACGAGGUCACUUUAACAUUGCUCCCCUUUGCUGAUGCCAAUCAGAUUGAGAACUACAUCGUGCUUUACAAGCCCGCGUUGAAUGAAAAGCGGGAAUGGAAAUUCAAAAGAACUGAAAAUACACAAAUCACACUACGAUCACUGAAGGGACUGACUAAAUACAAAGUAAUGGUACUGGGAUAUACGUCAAACAAAGACACUUAUGGAAGUCAAGAAAUUACCUUUGAAACCUUAGAAGCAACAGAGCCAGAAACGACCACUCCGUCAAUAACUACUCCAACGCCAGAACCCAUUACCCUGAUGUACCCGUAUGGAGACGCCGCCGGGGAUUCUGUUAUUGCAUUCGACAUCAGCGGAAAGAAGUGUUUUAGGAUAAAUAUCCCUGAUGGGGGCAUGGCAUUCUUUGGUAAACGACACAGGAAACUCCAUGUUUGUGGCAAUGGCGUAGUCCAAUUUGAAAGUGAACGUUUCAACCGAUGGCCUUACAAAUUUGGUCAAAGAUACUGGCUGAGAUACGAUCCAAUUCUGGCACCCUAUUGGAGCAACAUAGACCUCGUAAACUCGUUUGUCACUGGACCCUCAAAGGUAUUUUAUCAGAUAUACUCUGACUCCAUCCCAGGCGCAAACACAACGUUAAGUAUGGCGACAGAAGACGUCAAGAAGCUUCUUUCGAGACCUCUUCCAACGAAUUUUAGCGCAUCUUGGGUCCUUGUUGUUACCUGGGAAAAUCUCCGUCCUCGGGAAUAUACAGCAGCUUCACAAAAUUUGCUAAACACGUUUCAGGCGGUCAUUAUUACCGACGGAGUUUACGCCUUUGUCAUGUUUAACUACCCUAAAGAUGGCAUACAGUGGUCCGCCCCAACUAGUGUGUCCAAUUAUAUACACUACACCAACUACAGAGGUCUUCCUGUAAUGGGAUGGAAUGCUGGAGAUGACACUGGGAACUUGUUUAACUAUAAAAGAUCAGAAACAGUUGGGAUGGAAAGCAUCGACAGUCUUCCGGGAAACACAGCUAUCACUGGAAAGUGGUUCUUCAGACUUGAGAACUCAAAAGGAGAACAAGACGCCAUUCAGAAGUGCCUUCGCUGGUUUAACAAUCAGCCAGAUCCUGCGUCGUACAGGGAUGCUGUCGAGCCAUGUCCUUGCACUCUGAGGCAAGCUUUCUUCGACGAACGAUUUCAGUGGACCGCACCAGAAGCACGUUUUACCUACUGUGUGUAUACUAGGUUUCCCUCUGCAGCCAACAGAGGCCGACAGUGCUGUUACCACACCAGGUUUGACGGCCGGUUUGGUGCUCUGAUCGUUGGCUACCCGAAUGGAGGAGUUAUUCACCGGUAUCAUAAGCUGGCUUCGAGAUCACUUGCACUAAAACAUCAAUUCAGUGACGUCUUGGGCUUUAAAUAUUGCUGCGUACAGUCCAAACUAUGUCAACGAUUUUACAGAAAGCGACCAUCAGAAGGAUGCGAGAACUACCUUCCCCCAGUGUGGAGUAAGUUGUUGUUGUUGUUCUUUUUUUUUCAGUGAACUGCUGGGCUAAAUACUGUUUAUAAAAUAUG